GAGUUUUUGAAAUGACAUAUAAAAAAAAGUUGGGCCUCAUUCUGGGCGGAAUAAUAAUUGGAGUUUUGAUUUGCAAUAUACUGCAGGGGAAUCAUCACAAGGAAAAAAAUCCUUUUGAUGUGAACAUGUUGUCAAAUGUUAAUGAAGGGGACAUUAGGCAUGUUAAACGCGACAAUCAAGAUAAAUCAACGGAGGUCAUCAGAAAUGCUAGAAUUAUCGCAAAUAAAACUGAUAAUGGCAUUGUAGCCGUGACGUUGGUGAAUGAAGCGUAUCUAGAAAUGACCUACAGUUGGUUAUGUAACACUGUCAAUAUGAAUGUUCAUGAACAAGUGCUUAUUAUUGCCACGGAGGAAAUGACAUUGAAGAAACUGCGACGAGAUUGGCCAAACGUCACCUCCGUUUUUCACACUAUUGCAACGACUGAUGUGACCGAACAUGCAAAAUAUGUUUGGAAAUUGUUCAAUAGGGCUUUGUUAGCACAUUCAUUGCUCAGAAAUAACGUACAUAUCCUUCUGUUCGAGGUCGAUGCUGUGUGGUUCUCAUCUCCUUUCCCUCUGUUUCGAUCACUAUUCCAUUAUGAUCUAGUCGGGGCCCAGCUUUCUACAAGGACUCGCUACAUAGCUCCAGGCUUUAUUUUUGCACGGCCAACCAUUGCGUCGCGAGAUGUAUUCGAGUGCGUAAAAGACAACUUUUUGAAUGGACAUUAUAUUGCAGGUGAUGACAAUAUCUCACCCGACUUCAAUUAUCAAACAUAUCUUCAUGAUGUUAUUGUUUCACAUCACAAUCUCAGAUACAAAUUAUUGGACUCUAACAUUAUUGAAGAUGGGCUGUGGUACCUCCAGCUCCAUACUACUGGUAAUUCACACGGGCC